UGUUGCCGAGGACGCAUUCAGCUGUCAGAGAUAACGCCGCUCAGCCUGCUCUCACCUGGAGUUUCACCACCAUGGACUUAACCGAGGAUAGCGCUGUGGAAAUUAUCCUGUGCUGACCCACUUCUUCACGCCUUUCUCUCUGUCGCCUCCUUUUCCAUCUCUGCCAGUUGUAAUCAACCCUGAGGAGCCAUGUCGGACAAGAUGUCCAGUUUCCUCCAUAUUGGGGACAUUUGUUCCCUGUAUGCAGAGGGCUCCACCAAUGGAUUUAUCAGCACUUUAGGGCUUGUGGACGACCGCUGUGUGGUACAACCAGACACAGGUGACCUCAACAACCCACCCAAGAAAUUCAGAGACUGCCUUUUCAAACUGUGCCCUAUGAACAGAUACUCCGCACAGAAACAGUUCUGGAAAGCGGCAAAACCUGGAGGCAACAGCACCACUGACACAGUCCUCCUCACUAAACUUCAUCAUGCCGCUGACCUGGAGAAGAAGCAGAAUGAGUCUGAAAACCGUAAGCUGCUGGGAUCAGUCAUCCAGUAUGGAAAUGUCAUUCAGUUGCUGCACUUGAAAAGCAAUAAAUACCUGACUGUGAACAAGCGCCUACCUGCACUGUUGGAGAAGAACGCCAUGAGAGUGACUCUGGACUCGGCGGGAAACGAGGGAUCCUGGUUCUACAUCCAGCCGUUCUACAAGCUGCGGUCCCUGGGAGACAGUGUGGUGAUUGGAGAUAAAGUGGUUCUUAACCCUGUGAAUGCGGGUCAGCCUCUGCAUGCCAGCACCCACCAGCUAGUCGACAACCCAGGAUGCAAUGAGGUUAAUUCCGUAAAUUGCAACACAAGUUGGAAAGUUGUUCUGUUCAUGAAAUGGAGUGACAACAAGGAAACAAUACUCAAAGGGGGUGAUGUCGUCCGGUUGUUUCAUGCUGAGCAAGAGAAGUUCCUCACUUGUGACGACCACAGGAAGAAACAGUAUGUUUUCCUUCGAACAACCGGUAGGCAGUCUGCCACUUCUGCCACCAGCAGCAAAGCGCUGUGGGAAGUAGAGGUGGUUCACCAUGACCCAUGUAGAGGAGGUGCAGGCUACUGGAACAGCCUGUUCAGGUUUAAACACCUGGCAACAGGGUGUUAUUUGGCAGCUGAGAUGGGUGAGGUGAAUCAAGACUUUGAGGAGGAGAGUGCUGAGCAGCGGUCCUCGCUGGAUGCAGAUAAUGAAGCUCUACGAGGUCGUCUGCGAGCCCCGCAGGAGAAGAUCAUGUACACUUUGGUGCCAGUUCCCGACGGCAUGGACAUCUCCUCCAUCUUUGAGCUGGACCCCACCACUCUAAGAGGGGGAGACUCCAUGGUUCCCAGGAGCUCCUAUGUGAGGCUAAGACACUUGUGCACCAACACGUGGGUUCACAGCACCAACAACCCCAUUGACAAAGAGGAGGAGAAACCUGUUAUGUUACGGAUUGGAACAUCAGCAGUUAAAGAGGACAAGGAAGCUUUUGCCAUCGUACCAGUGCCACCGGCAGAAGUGCGUGAUUUAGACUUUGCCAAUGACGCGAGUAAAGUGUUGGCGUCCAUCGCUGGCAAGCUUGAAAAGGGCACCAUUACACAGAAUGAAAGAAGGUUUGUGACCAAGCUGUUGGAGGAUCUAGUUUUCUUCGUGGUGGACAUCCCCAACAGUGGGCAGGAUGUUUUGGAGAUCAUGGUUAACAAACCCAACAGAGAAAGACAGAAACUCAUGAGAGAGCAGAAUAUCCUGAAGCAGAUUUUCAAACUUCUACAAGCCCCCUUCACAGACAGUGGCGAUGGUCCCAUGCUGCGACUGGAGGAGCUUGGAGACCAGCGCCACGCUCCGUUUAGACAUAUUUGCAGGCUGUGCUACAGGGUGUUGCGGCAUUCCCAGCAGGAUUACAGGAAGAACCAGGAAUACAUAGCCAAACAGUUCCGCUUCAUGCAGAAGCAGAUAGGAUAUGAUGUGCUGGCAGAAGACACAAUAACGGCUCUGCUCCACAACAACCGCAAGCUGCUGGAGAAACACAUCACCGCUGCUGAGAUAGACACAUUUGUGACUCUAGUGAGGAAGAACCGGGAGCCGAGGUUUCUGGACUACCUCUCAGAUCUUUGCGUGUCCAUGCACAAGUCCAUCCCUGUGACACAGGAGCUCAUCUGUAACUCAGUACUGGACCCUACCAAUGCUGACAUCCUCAUCGAAACCAAAUUGGUCCUGUCGAGGUUUGAAAUCGAGACGACGACAAAUGGAGAGAGUCCAGUGGAGCCGGAGGAUGAAGAGGAGGUCUGGCUGUUCUGGAAAGACAAUUCUAAGGAGAUCCGGAGUAAGAGCGUCAGGGAGUUGGCUCAGGAUGCAAAGGAGGGCCAGAAGGAGGACCAGGAAGUGGUCAGCUACUACAGGUGCCAGCUGAACCUUUUUGCCCGGAUGUGUCUGGACCGUCAGUACCUGGCCAUCAACAAGAUCUCUGGUCAGCUGGAUGUGGAUCUGAUCCUGCGCUGUAUGUCUGAUGAGGACCUGCCCUUUGAUUUGCGGGCAUCUUUCUGCCGCCUGAUGCUGCACAUGCAUGUGGACCGGGACCCUCAGGAGCAGGUCACACCUGUCAAAUAUGCCCGUCUCUGGUCUGAGAUUCCCUCCAAGAUUGCUAUUGAUGACUAUGACAACGAUGGAACCACCAGAGAUGAGAUCAAAGAGCGGUUCUGCCUCACAAUGGAUUUUGUGGAGAACUACCUGAGAGAGGUGGUGUCACAGAACAUUCCCUUCUCUGACAGGGAGAAAAACAAGCUUACCUUUGAGGUAGUGAACCUGGCAAGGAACCUCAUAUACUUUGGUUUCUACAACUUUAGCGACCUGCUUCGACUGACCAAGAUCUUACUGAACAUUUUAGACUGUGUCCAUGUCAACACCAUCUAUCCAAUCAACAAGAUAGAGAAGGGAGAGGAAAACAAAGCUGGCAGUAAUGUGAUGAAGUCCAUUCACGGAGUCGGGGAGUUGAUGACCCAGGUAGUGCUGCGAGGAGGGGGCUUGUUGCCCACCACACCAACUCAUCAGCCAGAGGGAGAUGUGGCUAAAACACAGGUUGAACCGGAGAGAGAAGACAUCAUGGUCAUGGACACGAAGCUCAAGGUCAUUGAGAUUCUGCAGUUCAUUUUAAAUGUGCGGCUAGACUACAGGAUCUCCUGCCUGCUUUGCAUUUUCAAACGAGAGUUUGAUGAGAACAACGCACAAGCGGACAACGCUGCCAGUCAGAACGGAACCAAUAACGUCCCAGGUCAGAUGCCAGGAAAUCUUGACUUUGAGAACAUUGAGGAGCAGGCAGAGGGGAUUUUUGGAGGAAGUGAGGAGAACACUCCUCUUGACCUGGAUGACCACGGUGGUCGUACAUUCCUAAGGGUCCUGCUGCACCUGACCAUGCACGAUUACCCUCCUCUGGUGUCUGGAGCCCUUCACCUGCUCUUCAGACACUUCAGCCAGAGGCAGGAGGUCCUCAUGGCCUUCAAACAAGUCCAGCUUCUGGUGACCAGUCAGGAUGUGGACAACUACAAGCAGAUCAAGUCAGAUUUGGACCAGCUGCGUUCCAUUGUAGAGAAGUCUGAACUGUGGGUUUAUAAGAGGCAAGGGGAAGAUGGGAAUGACGGAGAUGGACCUUCAGAGUCUGACAACAAAAACAAGGAAGACUCACCUGGUUCAGAUAAGAAGAAGUCAGAAAGCACCAGCAGUUACAACUACAGGGUUGUAAAAGAGGUUCUUCUGCGUCUCAGUAAGCUGUGUGUCCAGGAGGGGAGUUCAGGGAAGAAGAGUAGGAAACAGCAGCAGAGGCUGCUGAGGAACAUGGGGGCUCACAGUGUAGUGCUGGAGCUCCUACAGAUCCCCUAUGAGAAGGGUGAGGAUAUCCGAAUGCAGGAGAUCAUGAAACUGGCUCACGAGUUCCUGCAGAAUUUCUGUGCUGGGAAUCAGCAGAAUCAGGUUCUUCUUCACAAGCAUAUCAACUUGUUCCUCAACCCGGGGAUCCUAGAGGCUGUCACCAUGCAACACAUUUUCAUGAAUAACUUCCAGCUGUGCAGUGAGAUCAACGAACGAGUGGUUCAGCACUUUGUCCAUUGCACCGAGACUCAUGGUCGACAUGUCCAAUAUCUCAAGUUCCUCCAGACCAUUGUGAAGGCCGAGAACAAGUUCAUCAAGAAGUGUCAGGACGUUGUCAUGGCUGAGCUGGUGAACUCGGGUGAGGACGUCCUGGUCUUCUACAACGACCGAGCCUCCUUCCAGACCCUAGUCCAGAUGAUGCGUUCAGAGCGGGACCGCAUGGAUGAAAACAGCCCUCUAAUGUACCACAUCCACCUGGUAGAGCUGCUGGCUGUCUGCACUGAGGGCAAGAACGUCUACACUGAGAUCAAGUGUAACUCCCUGCUGCCUCUGGAUGAUAUCGUACGGGUGGUCACUCAUGAAGACUGCAUUCCUGAGGUGAAGAUUGCCUACAUCAACUUCCUGAACCACUGCUACGUUGACACAGAGGUGGAGAUGAAGGAGAUUUAUACCUCCAACCAUAUGUGGAAGCUGUUUGAGAACUUCCUGGUGGACAUCUGUAGGGUGUGCAACAACACCAGUGACAGGAAGCAUGCGGAUACCAUCCUGGAGCGUUAUGUUACUGAGACAGUCAUGAGCAUUGUCACAUGUUUCUUUAGCUCUCCUUUCUCUGACCAGAGCACAAGCCUGCAGAUGGCUCGCCGUAUGUUUGCCGCCAUUUUUGGAAAGAUAACUGAGACUCGUCAGCCAGUAUUUGUACAACUGCUCCAGGGAGUGUUCAGGGUGUACCACUGUAACUGGCUUAACCCUGUUCAGAAGGCCUCAGUGGAGGCCUGCAUUAAAGUACUAUCAGACGUGGCUAAAAGCAGAGCCAUUGCCAUCCCAGUGGACUUGGACAGUCAGGUGAACAACUUGUUUGUCAAGUCCAAUAAUGUUGUGCAGAAGAGCAUCCUCAGCUGGAGACUAUCUGCUAAGAACACCUCCAGACGAGACUCUGGCCUGACCUCCUCCAAAGACUACAGAAACAUCAUUGAAAGGCUACAGGACAUAGUAUCAGCGCUGGAGGACCGACUGAGGCCGCUGGUCCAAGCUGAGCUCUCAGUGCUGGUGGAUGUCCUGCAUCGUCCAGAGCUGCUCUUCCCUGAGAACACAGAAGCUCGCAAGAAAUGUGAAAGUGGAGGAUUCAUAUCAAAGCUGAUCAAACACACCAAACAGCUGCUGGAAGAGAACGAGGAGCGUCUCUGCAUCAAAGUACUGCAGACACUGAGGGAAAUGAUGACAAAAGACCGGGGCUAUGGGGAAAAGGGCGAAGCUCUGCGGCAGAUCCUUGUCAAUCGAUACUAUGGGAACGUCAAACCUGGCCAGAGGAGGGAGAGCCUCUCGGCAUUCAGCAACGUGCCACUCUCUCCUGGAGCACAGGGGAAAUUACCUACAGUUGUCAGCUCUGGGGUCGGAGGUCGAGGGGAGCUGAGUUUGGCAGAGGUCCAGUGCCAUCUGGACAAAGAAGGGGCUUCCGAUCUGGUUAUUGAUCUCAUCAUGAACGCUACAAGCGACCGCAUCUUCCAGGAGAGCAUCCUGUUGGCCAUCGCUCUGCUGGAGGGUGGAAACACAGUCAUCCAGCGGUCAUUCUACCAGCGUUUGACUGGGGACAACAAGUCCGAAAAAUUCUUCAAGGUGUUUUAUGAGCGCAUGAAGCUGGCCCAGCAGGAGAUCAAAGCCACCGUGACGGUCAACACGAGCGACCUGGGCAGCAAGAAGAAGGAAGAGGAGCCGCCCGACAAGGACACGCCAGCACGCAAGAAAGAUGUGCUGGUGGUGGCAGUGGUGACCGAGGAGGUGAAGGAGCAGCUGGUGGAGGCCUCCGUUGUCACCAAGAAGGCCUUCACGACCUACCGCCGCGAGGCCGAAGCCGAAGAGCACCAGGCGGCCGCUGACGGCACUCCCGUCCCGACUCCUGAUAAGGGCCAGGAGGAAGGCGAGAUGAGCGUCAUCAUCACCAUCAUGCAGCCCAUCUUGCGCCUCAUGCAGCUGCUCUGUGAGAACCACAACAGAGAUCUGCAGAACUUUCUGCGCAACCAGAAUAACAAGAACAACUAUAAUCUGGUGUGUGAGACACUUCAGUUCCUGGACUGCAUCUGUGGCAGCACCACGGGCGGACUGGGGCUGCUGGGACUCUACAUCAAUGAGAAGAACGUAGGACUCAUCAACCAGACUGUGGAGAGCCUGACUGAGUACUGCCAAGGUCCCUGUCAUGAGAACCAGAACUGCAUCGCCACUCAUGAAUGCAAUGGAAUUGACAUCAUCAUCGCUCUCAUCCUCAAUGACAUCAACCCCCUCGGCAAGAAGAGAAUGGAUCUUGUGCUGGAACUCAAAAAUAAUGCCUCCAAGCUUCUUCUUGCGAUUAUGGAGAGUCGCCAUGACAGCGAGAACGCUGAGAGGAUACUGUACAACAUGAGGCCUAAGGAGCUGGUGGAAGUGAUCAAAAAGGCCUACAUGCAGGGUGAGAUCGAGGUGGAGGAGCCGCAGGAGGGCGAAGAUGGCGAGGAGGAGCACUCUGCGUCUCCCCGCAACGUCGGUCACAAUAUCUACAUCUUGGCACAUCAAUUAGCCCGUCACAACAAGGAACUGCAGGCUAUGUUGAAGCCGGGGGGGACAUAUGGAGAGGGUGAUGAGGCCCUGGAGUUCUACGCCAAGCACACAGCUCAGAUUGAGAUUGUACGGCUGGAUCGCACCAUGGAGCAGAUAGUCUUUCCCGUGCCCAACAUCUGCGAGUUCCUCACCCAGGAGUCCAAGCUGCGUGUCUAUUACACCACAGAGCGAGAUGAGCAAGGCAGUAAGAUCAAUGACUUCUUCCUGCGCUCUGAGGACCUUUUCAAUGAGAUGAAUUGGCAGAAGAAGCUGCGAGGUACUCAAGAGGCUACUGGAGACACAAACACGGUUCCCUCUCAGCCCAUCCUGUACUGGUGCUCCAGGAACAUGUCAUUCUGGAGCAGCAUCUCCUUCAACCUGGCUGUGCUCAUGAACCUGCUUGUGGCCUUCUUCUACCCUCUGGAGGGAGUCCGUGGAGGUACCCUGGAGCCCCAUCUGUCCGCCCUGCUGUGGAUGGCCAUGCUGGUUUCCCUGGCCAUCGUCAUCGUCUUGCCUCAGCCUCACGGUAUCCGGGCGCUUAUUGCUUCCACCAUCCUGCGUCUGAUCUUCUCUGUAGGCCUGGAGCCCACGUUGCUUCUGCUGGGGGGUUUCAACUUGUGUAACAAGGUGAUCUUCCUGACGAGCUUCGUUGGGAACCGUGGAACCUUCACACGUGGCUACAUAGCCAUGAUCAUGGACGUGGAGUUCCUGUACCACCUGCUCUACCUGAUAAUCUGCAGCCUGGGGGUCUUCGUCCAUGUCUUCUUCUACAGCCUGCUACUCUUUGAUCUGGUUUACCGAGAAGAGACCUUGCUGAACGUGAUAAAGAGUGUGACUCGCAAUGGCCGCUCCAUUGUUCUGACAGCCGUGCUGGCUCUCAUCCUCGUCUACCUCUUCUCCAUUGUGGGCUACAUCUUCUUCAAAGACGAUUUCAUUUUGGCUGUCGACAGGAUACCCAACAAAACUCUAGAGCAUGGGGCCAGUAUGGUGGGAGAGUUCUUCUCUGGUGGAGUGUGCCAGAAAGAAAAUGGGGAGAACUGUUCCACAGAGGCCGUUAUGGAUGCUUCCAUUGCCGUCCAGCCGUCGGCAGUGGUGAUCGAGGACAAGGAGCGAUCGUGUGACUCCCUGCUCAUGUGCAUUGUCACAGUACUGAGUCACGGCCUCAGGAGUGGAGGAGGUGUUGGGGACGUCCUGCGGAAGCCAUCCAAAGAGGAGCCCCUUUUCGCAGCCAGGGUGAUCUACGACCUGCUCUUCUUCUUCAUGGUCAUCAUUAUCGUCCUCAACCUCAUCUUUGGUGUCAUCAUCGACACAUUCGCUGACCUGAGGAGUGAGAAGCAGAAAAAAGAGGAAAUCCUGAAGACCACAUGUUUUAUUUGCGGUUUGGAGAGAGACAAGUUUGACAAUAAGACUGUUACCUUCGAAGAGCACAUCAAAGUCGAGCACAAUAUGUGGCACUACCUGUUCUUCAUCGUCCUGGUGAAGGUGAAGGAUUCCACAGAGUACACCGGCCCGGAGAGCUACGUGGCUGAAAUGAUCAGGGACCAUAACUUGGACUGGUUCCCUCGGAUGCGGGCCAUGUCUCUGGUCAGCAGCGAUGCGGACGGGGAGCAGAAUGAGAUCAGGAGCCUGCAGGAGAAACUGGAGUCCACCAUGAAGCUGGUGUCCAACCUGUCGGGCCAGCUGACGGAGCUCAAAGAACAGAUGACAGAACAGAGGAAGCAGAAGCAGCGGAUUGGCCUGCUGGGACACCCACAGCACAUGAACGUCAACCCCCAGCAGCCUGCAUAAGGUCAGGUGAAACGGGCCCCGAAGCAGCUCACAGCAUCGGCCGCGUGGACGGACGGUGUGUGUGUGUGUGUGUGUGUGUGUGUGUGUGUGUGUGUGUGCACGGUCCUCACUCAGAGAUUGCACAUAACGUAUACUGCGCUGAGUGUGAUUGGUAACAGUAGGGAAACACUGUAACAUAGGUAGUCAUAAGGCGAUGUGUAGCUCUGCCCCACGCACGUGUCUCUGCGAACAGCAACACUCACCCACCUCGUUCUGUUCAGUCCGGUUUGGAAUUGGUGCCAAAUGUUUUCUACGUUUAAAAAAAAAGAAAAAAAAGAAAUUGGAUUUCUCAACACAUGGCCUUUACUGGUUGAACUUGAAACACGGUGACGCUGACUGGACAGGAGGAAUUAGUACCAUUUUGUUUUAUUUUAAAGUUUACUAUUUAUAUAUCUGGCAUAACAAACAUUAUUAAAUGUCUUAUUUUUGUAUGUUGUCGUGCAAUAUAUUAACUUAAAUAUGCAACCUCAUUGGUGUGUGGAUUUAAGUUCCAUCAAUCUUGUCUUAUUAAAAAGCGUGGGCCAAUUUUUUUGUUUGUACUGGAUAAAAUAGGGAGUAGUUGGUUGUCUUUACUUACGCAAAUAUAGAGAUAAUAUUUAAUAAGCUGGCCUUUUCAAUUUUACUUUUUUUUUUUAUUUCUCAAUAGAGAUAGUAUAUUGUGUGAGGGCAAUAUAUACAGAUAGUUUUCUUUCACCUGUGUAAAUAAAAUGGUAUCACAUCUCAGUGCUAACUUGUUUUAUUAUAAAUCUGCUUUCUUAUUUAAUUGGGUUCUAAAGGACGUUUAGAAUGUUUGACUUGUCCGUUAAUUAUACUGUGUAAUUUAUUCAGUAUCACUCAUGCUAUUACAAUUUGCUCAGGAGUCUGCUAUUGUCACAAAUGUCAUUAGCAUAAUUUCCUGUUUUGCAGCAAACAUUUUCCAUUGGUGCCUAUUUGUUUUUUUUAUGUCUUUGUUUGAAGUCUGAUACGUGUUUGCUGCUUGUGCAGUCACUAACUUUUAUGUUCCUUUUCACUGAAAUGUAUUAGUUGGUUUUCAUGCUGCUGUUAGAAUGAUAUCUUUCUUUUUUUGAAUACUAUGUUUAAGUUUGUUGCAUAUCUUUGCUUUUGUAUAGAAAAAUGAGAUGGAGAAAAAAACUGUUACCCAUGAAUGUUAAGAUUAACUAAAAAUCUAAGCACUGUCAAUUUGUAUAUUAAAGUAGAAUUAU